GACAAUCGACGCUCUCAAAAUUGACAAGACAAGCAAAACCGAGACUCAAGAUCGAGGUUUACAAUGUUAUAAAUUAAUGCAAUUUAAUUCAAAAGCAAAACAAAACAAACAUUACGUUUACGUUUUUAAGAAACCUGGAGUACUAAGUAACCUGGUUUAGUAUUGAAUAUCAAAAAUAGUGUUAUGAAGUAAAAUGUUUUGUUUGUCGAAUGUCUUUAUAUUCCAAUUGAUUUUCUUUGCUGAACUCAAAGAAAGUUUUGCUGAGGACUUUAAUCUUUUUGGAGAAGCUGGCCAAGCAUAUUCUAUAGAAAUAAGUAUUGGACACCCUGGUCAAAAGUUAAAUGUCAUAGUGGACACAGGCAGUGCAACAUUAGCUAUUGCAUCAUAUCAGCGGCCUGAUAGUGACAAAUAUUUCCAUUUGAAGAAUUCCACAAGCAUAUAUGAAAGUGGACAAGAGAUUCAAGCUCAGUAUUCCCAAGGCACCUGGGUCGGCAAACUGGUGUCUGAUUAUGUUCAUUUUCCUUCAAUGGUGAAUGUCCCUGAAGUAAGAAGUGAUAUUGCGCUUAUCACAAAGAGUCAUAAGUUCUUUAUGAAUGGUUCAGGAUGGCAGGGCCUUCUUGGUCUGGCAUACUUGCCAGUUGGUGCUUGGGGGGACAAUGUAAUAGUGGGCUCAUGGCUUGACUCUAUGGACCAUAUGCUAAAUAACCCAAUGUCUUUUCAAUUAAAACUGUGCGGUGUUCAGGGUCUUACUAAUGCUACACAUUAUGGGAACUUAAAAAUAUUGGAUGACCAAAUGGUAGCUAAGAACGAAAGUUAUAUUUUUCGCACCCCUGUUUUACGGAAGCGAUGGUUCGUGGUUGGAGUUUUAUCGGUUCAAGUGAUGUCGCCUUCUGACUCGUCGGUUGCUAAGUUAAAGACUGAAAACAAUGCGACAAAUUUCACUCGUGAUCGAUCAAUUUAUGAAAUAGAUGAAGAUUUAUGCCAAAGACUGAAUAAACAGAAAAGUAUUGUGGACAGUGGAACUACGAAUAUAAGAUUACCUGAUGAAUUAUUUACACAGGUUGUGAAUGAUCUUAGGAUUGCCGCACAGAAAAGUAACAUAUUAAUUUUGGACGAGUUUUGGUAUCACGGCGAGGCGGCGUGCUGGCCGCAGCCGCAGCGCUGGUCGCUGCCGCGGCUCGCCAUACAUUUACUCGACUUUGACGCGGAAAACCAAUACUUCACACUCGAAUUACCGCCACAGAACUACAUGCGCGUGGUGUCCGCGAGGGAGGGCGCGGGCCGCGUGGCCGAGUUCUGCUACAAGCUGGGCCUGGAGGCCGGCGGGAAGGAGACCGUUCUUGGAUACACCGCUAUGGAGGGACUUCAGGUGGUAUUUAAUAGAUCCGCGGGCUGGAUAGGUUGGAAGACCUCAAACUGUGGUCCAAACGCGACUAUCAGUGGUCCUUAUAAUACAUCAUCGUCAAUUCUUGUGAAGUGUAAAUUAAUCGAGCCGUUGUCUGACCCGGCGAUAUCUAUAAAGGCGGCUCAGUGGACGUUGUUCGUCAUCUCGAUGGUUGCUUUGGGCGUGUUGAUAUAUUUAUUAACACCCUGUAUAAAGAUGUUGAUUACAAAACCGUUGCCGAGAUCGCAACAGAUUUCUUUAUCUCAAGCGGCUUUGGUGGAACAGGAAGGGACGUAAGUUGGUAAUUAGGAAAUAAGUAACGUUAAGUUAAAGUUUUAAAAAUUACUGAUACACUUGAUUCUUGGUAACAUUUUGUGUGAUAAUUGAAAAAAUAGUGACUUUUUUGGGUUAUAUGUCAAUGAGUUUUAAAAAUUCUAAUUUGGAUUAUUGACCGUUUCUGCAGUAUUUAUUUUAUGCUAAGUUUUAAUAAAUUUAAAAAUAAUCAUUUGUACUGUUACACUUGACAAUAAUAUUUUUUUAUAAUUGUAAUCGGUUUUCAAUAUGUAUAAAUCGUUCUUGCCAGUAAAGUAUUUCAUUGUAUUAAUCACAGCUAUUAAACACAGGUAUUUCAAAACACAUUGUCAUUUUAAAAAGCAGCGUAAAAUAAAAAACAAAUCUUGUUACUAUUUAUUUGUAAGUUUAAUUACGUGUGUGGUACUUAAUUUAUAUCAUAGCUUAGAUUUUUACGUUUAUAUUAUGUGUUUUAUUUUUAACGGUAUAUUACAAACGUGUUUUGCGAUUAAUUUUAUGUUGACCUAAGAUUUUUGAUAUUAGGUUAUGUCUCUAAAAGAGAAUUUAGUUUAAAACUGAUUAUGGUAUUAAAACAAAAUUAGUCAUAUUAAGUUCCUUUUGGGUAGAUAGUUGUUUAAAAUCAAACAUAGAAAUGGACAGGUUGCAUUUAAUAGUAUCUAAAUAUUAAUGAGUGAUUUGUUGAGACAUUGAAAACGAAAUAAAGUUUGACCUUGUAUGGCCUUGGGCUUUUUGUAUUCUUAUUUCAAAGUAUUAGUAUUUUUGUAAAUUAACAGGUAUUACGAGUUACUGCUACUCAGAUAAUGGUUAUUUCAGAAGUCCCUUAGGGUUUUGUCAUGUAACAUUUUCGUUAAGGGACCUGUUUGGCCAAUUUACGACCGAAUGUGACAGAUCUUUUCGCAUGUCAGCUACUGGUAUACCAGUUAGCUUUUACACGUGCCUGUAGCUGGCACGUACCACUAGCUUGCUUUCAAAUGUUCCUGCUACUGGCAUGUAUAUUUUCGACCUUAUUUGUUUUGUAUUAUUUUAUUUACAUUUAUUUUUGUACUUAAUCAGGGAUGUAGUACGAAUUUAGAAAAAUAUAACUGUAUAUAGACGUUUUAAAUUAUUUUUAUGUCUUCAUAUCGUUAAUCUUAAGUAUAUACGAUUUAAUAUAUCACAGCAAAAUAUUUUUCUGUAUUUAACACUGUAUUUUGUAUUUUUCUCUAUGUAAGCAUUUUAAAUCUUCACAUAGAUCUGUAUAGUUUAGACCAAUUUUACACAAUUUUUUAUCGAUCUAUAAUUUAUGGAUUAUAACAUUUAAAUCAAUAGAUAGGAUUAUAUAUUUAACCGUAGCUCAACAGAAAUAACCCCCGCUACAGUUUAUUUUGACACGCAAAGAUCUUACUUGUUUUUGACUAUCUGUACUUGUAUUUUCCAAUCAAUGGAAAGUAUGGAAAGGAGUGCUUACUCCUUUUCUUCCUCAAGAAAGUACGUAAUGUCCGCUCUGUAAUUUUAUAAUAUUUUCGUUUAGAAAUAUUCUUUAUCAAGAAAAUCACAUGCAAUUGUGCAAUAUUAUUAUUUUAUAAGAUUAAAAAAAUUUGGAAUCUCAGAAUUGUAUGAAAUAUUUUUUUACUUCCACUUGUAUUCCUUUGAACUGCUCAGAUUAUUGUGUGAAGUUCAGUGUGAAAGUGACCAAUUAGAGAAGUUGAAUUUUAUUGAAAAUAAAAUUUGUCUUUGAA